AUGGCUGACAAUCCUCCUCAGGGAGGCAACGACCCAGACCCAGAAGUUGUGGAGGAAAACCAACAACAACCUGCGCUAGCAGGCAAUGCUGAUGAAGCCGCGAAAGCUAAUCAACAAGGCGGACAACAGGCUAACCCUCCGGUUCCCGAUCUCCUAAACAACUUGAUCGCUGCAGCAGCCGUCGCGGCAAACCCAUUCAAUCAACAAGGUCAACAACAAGGUCAGCAACAAGGUCAGAAUGUCGCCGGUCAACCGCAAGGUGGAACCAACAAUGCUGCAAAUCUACUAGGGCAGCUAUUGGCUCAUCCACAAGGAAUGAAUCUACUAGGUCAGCUCAUCACAAGUGCGACCAAUCCAAAUGCGACCAAUCCGACUACCCAUACUCCCCAAGAAUAUGGAGCUUUUCCAUUGACUUCAGGAACUACUCCUAUCGACAUUGGAACUUCCUACGGCAUCAAACAGUACUCAAAGGCAGUAGGUUCGCUCUACUCUAGUGGUGAAGACAAGUUCGAUUUGCAACCAGCAAGAUUACUAAAUUUUAUCGAGAGAAUCCAAACUAGAGCCCUUGAGGCGGGAUGGACCAUCAUCUUCCAGGUUCAAAAUUCUGCAAGAAAUAACGCUACUGAUGACUUCCUGCAACUUCAUGGACAGAUCUGUAUUGAAGAUGUUCGACGCCAUGAGCACGCCUACCUUGUUCAAGCUGACAGUUGCAGCAAGCAAAGCUCUCUCCACUUGCAGCUCUGCAUCUACAAGUCGCUCACAGAAUCUGCCCAAGCUAAAGUGUUGCGGGACAAAAAUCUCUUCACCAUCAACGGAAUGAGAGGCGGAUUGGCAUAUCUGAAGGUGGUCCUUCUGAGGACAACUCCCGCUAGCAACUCCAAUGUGAACCACAUCCGACGUCAACUUACAAAACUUCCCGAAUACAUGACCAAGGUUGGAUCAAACUUUGAAUCUUCACGGUACAAGGCGGCAUCUGACAAGUCAUUGGUGUCGUACAUUGAGAGAAAAGAAGAAAACUCCAAGACCACCAAUGAACCCAAGCUCAUGCAGGACGCCAAAAACUAUUACAAGAAUCGUGUUUGUGAUCAAACCUGGAAUCGCCCUGAUGAAAACCAACAGGCGAUCCUCUUACUGAAGGCCGAGUUCAAGCAAAUCAAAAACUCCAAGAAGCCUGAAAGCGGCAAGAAGAAAGACAAUGACAAGAAGUCCGGAGGUGGUAAGAAUAAAGGCAAGGGCAAAAACAACAAUAAGCAAAAAUCUUCGAUUGUACCUGCAUGGAAGACCACUGCGCAAAAAGCAGAAGACAAGCUUAAAGCAAAGUAUGUUGACGGUGACUCCAAGCCCUGGUAUUGGUUUGAAGCCCUCAAGAAAUACUGCCGCCACACUCCGGAUCAAUGCAACCAAGAUCAAAACAAAAACAACAAAAAUAACAAGAUCAAGCUCAGAGCCGCCAUGGCCAAGAAUUACGCCCCGUCCGACUCCGAUACCAAUGAAGAAUGA